AUGGAGCAUCGGAGCGCAUCAAUACCACGGCAAUCAGCCUGGGAGAAGACCCGAAACGCCGAGGAUGACGACGAUGAUGUGAAUCUGUCCCUCGAAGCAACAUCCAACGACCCCGAAGAAGCAUCGCAAUCCCUCCUCUCCUCCCACGACACCAAACCCUCUCGCCAAGAACAUCACCAACCUCGGCCAAACCGACGGAGCAUCACAACAACCCACGCUCGUCUCGCCCUCCUCCUCGCAGCAACCCUUCUUCUAGGCGCCGCCCUCUCAGCCCUGGUAACAACAAUCCUCACAACCCGCCUCCGCACCGCCAACACCUCCCACAGAAACGACAACACCCUCGCCUCCCCCAACGACCCCUCCUCCCGCCCAGUAACCUACCUCCAAACCGCCCCCUGCGGCUCAACACCAGCCCAAGCCCGCGCCGCAGGCUGCGAAUUCGAUCUCAUAUCCUUCAACUGGCUCCCGCCGCAAUGCCACGACGCCGCCCUCGCCGAAACCUUUGAAGCGGAGCUCGUGGAAGCGGGACAACUCGCCUGGUUCACGGACGCGAACCGUACGGCGCCGUCGUUGACGAGGGAGCAGAUUAUGACGGGGGAGUAUAGCGGCGUGUAUGUGAGCUUGGGAUACCAUCUUCGGCAUUGUACGGCCAUGUGGAGACGGAUGCACCGCGCGUUGAUGCAGAGUCGCGGUGGGUUGGAGAGGGUUGAUAGUUAUAUUUGGAGUUAUCAUCAUACUAGGCACUGCGAGGAGGUGCUGUUGACGAGGUUUGGUGAGGUUGAUGUAGGAGAAGUGUUUACCACGGAGGUGAGGAUCAAGUAUCCCGACUGCGGCGUCGUCUUGGGGCCAUUAGAUUGA